AAAAGAAAAAAAAAAAGACCUACCAACAAACCGAUCUGGACGGAACUCCGAGCGGCAGGAUUUAUUAUUGUCCUUUUUUUUUUUUGGGGCGUCACAACCGGAGGAAAAAAAGACGAAAAGUUGCCACUUUUUUUGCACGGACUACAAGGUCUCGCCAAGAGGAGGAGAAAGUUAAAAAAAAAAACUAACAAGACAAAAAAAAAAAACACGAGAGCGCGCUUCAUCAUAUGGACUUGACACGAAGAGUUUGGGAAGCUUCGCGGAAGGAUUUUUCUUUCUUUUUCUUUUUUUUCUGUGGGAGGCUUGAAGAAGAAGAGGACCCCCUCCCCCUGCCCCCCUCCCUUAAUUCUUCCUCCAUCUCUUCUUCUUCUUCUUCUUCUUCUUCGGCAAAAGCAAAUCAGGAGCUAAUUGAUUAAAGAGGCUUCAUUUGAAUAGGAGGGGGGCUGGCGAGGUGCCAAUCGCCUUUCAAAGAAGCCCCCCCUCCUCCUCCUCCUCCUCAUCCUCCUCUCCCAUCUUCAUCCUCCUCCAUCAUCACCCCCCUCCCCUCCCCGUAUGAUUAAUCGCCAGGCAUUAUUGAUAAUCAUAACGUGGCACAUGCGCGUUGGAUGGGCUCGAUGUGCGUAAAAAUUUGAGGGCCCCCCACUCAUUUUUUUUUUUUUUUUUUUUUUUCCCCCGGUUUACUUGCUUCCUCCUCUUCCUCCUCUUCUUCUUCCUCGCUCGCCCAUGUGCCAGCCAGCAUGUCGCGGAGGAAACAAGCCAAGCCGCAACACUUCCAGUCCGACCCUCAGCUGCUCGGAGCCGGCCACAAUGGGGACACAGAACUUUGCUCCGAGGACCCCCACUGCAAGGAGUCCGACGCCCACGUCUGCAGCAGAUGUUGCGCCGAGUUCUUUGAACUGUCCGAACUGGAGGAGCACCAGAAGAAUUGCACUAAGAAUCAGUUAGUGCUGAUCGUCAAUGAGAAUCCGGCCUCACCCGCCGGAACGUUCUCGCCGGGGUCUCCGCCCCAUAAUCCUGAUGACCAGAUGAAUGACAUUGCUAACAACACUGAUCAAACGGAGUGUGGCGACCUUUUGGAGCCCAGCGCUCUAGAAAUAGAGGAGUCCAUGGAUGUGGAUGUUUCCGGAAUGAGCAGCGGUCACGAAGAGGAAAGCAGCCCGACGGAGAGCGGCAGCCCCAUCAACACAAUGGGCGGCCUCACUAGUAGGGCCACUUCUGGUCCUGCAGUCGGUACUUCAGCAAUUUCUGCCCCUCUCCCUCAGCUCACGAACUUGGCCGAGUUGGGGAACUUCUCCAUGAUCAACAGUAAUGUCAUCAUUGAAAACCUGCAGAGCACCAAGGUGGCCGUGGCCCAGUUUUCCCAGGAGGCACGCACCUCUGGGGGACCCAGGGUGGCAGUGCCGGCCCUCAUGGAGCAGCUCCUAGCCCUGCAACAGCAGCAGAUCCACCAGCUGCAGCUCAUAGAGCAGAUCCGUCAUCAAAUAUUGCGCCUGGCCUCUCAAUCCCCAGAAAUGCAGAUGCCCCCGGCCUCGGCUCCAGGCACAAUGGCGCCCACUGCCAGCCCGCUGGCCACCCUCAGCUCCCAUCUCUCCCAACAGCUGGCUGCAGCCGCAGGCCUAGCACAGAACCUGGCUAGUCAGUCGGCCAGUAUUAGCAGCCUAAAGCAGCUUGCCGCUGCAGCACAGCUACCUCAGUCCAACCAGAGCAGCAGUGAGACAUCUCAGAGCAUUAGCACCCUGGGGCCAUCAACAGGCAAUGGUCAUCCCCCUGAGAAGAGGCCCAGUCACAUGACUAACUCCACUCUAGCAAAGUCAUCCACGCCAGCUUUCGCAAUUGGUAGCUUGUUAAGCUCGGCAAUGAAUCCCCUUCUACCUCAGCCCCCGCCCGGAAACCCCAUGUUCUCCAGCUCUGUGCCAAGCGUUGGCACCACUGUGGAGGACCUGAACUCUUUAGCAGCUCUGGCGCAGCAGAGGAAAAGCAAGCCGCCCAACGUCACGUCAUUUGAAAAUAAGAGCAGUUCGGAAGAAGCCUUCUUCAAGCAUAAGUGCAGGUUUUGCGGCAAGGUGUUUGGCAGCGACAGUGCCUUGCAGAUCCACCUGCGCUCGCACACCGGGGAGAGGCCGUACAAGUGUAACAUCUGCGGAAAUCGCUUCUCCACACGCGGUAACCUGAAGGUGCACUUCCAACGUCAUAAAGAAAAGUUCCCACACAUCCAGAUGAACCCCUACCCCGUACCGGAGCAUUUAGACAAUAUCCCGACCAGCACCGGCAUUCCCUACGGCAUGUCUAUGCCCCCCGAGAAGCCGGUCACCAGCUGGCUGGAUAGCAAACCUGUUUUGCCCACUCUGACGUCCUCUGUUGGCAUGCUGCUGCCACCCACCAUGCCUAGCCUGCCACAUUUCAUCAAAAAAGAAGAUCACUCAAUAGCCAUAACUAACCAUCCUGUUCCUGCUACAAAAAGUGACUCAGGUACUUCUGAGCCUCUAAAUAAAAAUAACGGAGCGUCCGAAGAGGGUGAAAGUGCUACUCUGCCUACCUCAAAUGGGAAAACUGAAGAAGGCAGCCAUUCUUUGGGCUUUGUGACGAGUUUGAGCUCGGCCCCGGAGAGCACCACCGAGUACACAACGUCCAACAGCCCACCUAUGAUGACUAACCCGCUCAUGCCUCUGAUGUCUGAGUUCAAGGCAAAGUUUCCCUUCGGAGGCAUUCUGGAUCCCCUCCAGGGGUCAGAGACCUCCAAGUUGCAGCAGCUUGUGGAGAAUAUCGACAGGAAGGCGACGGACCCAAACGAAUGCGUCAUCUGCCAUCGAGUGCUGAGCUGUCAGAGUGCGCUGAAGAUGCACUAUCGCACUCACACAGGGGAGAGGCCCUUUAAAUGCAAAAUUUGUGGCAGGGCCUUUACCACCAAGGGAAACCUAAAGACCCACUACAGCGUCCACAGGGCCAUGCCACCUCUGCGAGUCCAGCACUCGUGUCCCAUAUGUCAAAAGAAGUUCACAAAUGCUGUGGUCCUGCAGCAGCAUAUCCGCAUGCACAUGGGCGGUCAGAUCCCUAACAACCCCCUGCCGGACAAUUACCCAGAAUCCAUGGUCUCUGACACCGGCUCAUUUGACGAGAGAAACUUUGACGAUCUAGAUAACUUUUCUGAUGACAACAUGGAAGGGAUGGAGGAGGGCCCGGAUAGCAGCGUGCCCGACACACCCAAGUCGGCAGAUAUCUACCACGACAGCCUGUGUAACUCCCCAGCUGCCCUGGACAUGGAGGAAGGACAAGAAGAUGUCCACAACAACGACAUGGAGGAGCUGCGAGUCGGCCAAAUCAAGGCUAACGGCUUAGCGGAGGGGGAUUGUCUCACCAAUGACUCCUCCUCGCUUGGAGGGGAUGUUGAAAGCCAAAGCGCUGGGAGUCCAGCUGUGUCAGAAUCUACCUCCUCCAUGCAGGCGCCGUCCCCAACAAGCCUGCAGCCGCAGCUUCGCAAAUCUCCCAGCCUGGAAGAAAGGCAUCAGAGGGCACUGGAGCACAGCAGCCUCUUACAUCCCCACCCCUCCAACAUCGGAGCCCUAGACCUGACAUCUGUUAAUCCCUCAAAGGACCCCUUGGGCAUGAUUUUCCCCUUUCGCGAACGUAGCAUCACCAAGAACACAUCCUGUGACAUAUGCGGGAAGACCUUUGCGUGUCAGAGUGCCUUGGACAUUCACUAUCGAAGCCAUACCAAAGAGAGACCAUUCAUUUGCACGGCCUGUAACAGGGGAUUCUCUACCAAGGGCAACCUCAAGCAGCACAUGCUCACCCAUCAAAUGCGAGACCUGCCCUCACAGCUCUUUGAGCCCUCCAACACUAGCCUGUCCUCCAGCCCCACACCCUCCCUCCUGUCUGUGGGCUCUCUCGGAAAGCCGGAGGUCAACGGCUUCCUGCACAGCUACCACCCGGAGAGUAAAGACAACCUGGUCACGUCGUCCGCCUCCACAUCCCCGGUGCUGUCGGCCGCUCCACCCCGCCGGACGCCCAAGCAGCACUUUUGCAACACAUGCGGCAAGUGCUUCUCCUCAUCCAGCGCCCUGCAGAUCCACGAGCGGACGCACACCGGCGAGAAGCCCUUCGCCUGCAGCAUCUGCGGCCGUGCUUUCACCACCAAAGGAAACCUCAAGGUCCACAUGGGCACGCACAUGUGGAACAGCGUUCCAGCCAGACGCGGCCGCAGGCUCUCCGUGGACGGUCCCAUAGCCUUCCUGGGCACCAACCCCAUCAAGUUCCCGGAGAUCUUCCAAAAGGACAUGUCCUCCCGGGUGGGGAGCGGCGACCCGGCCAAUUUCUGGAACCAGUACGCCGCCGCCUUCUCCAGCGGCCUGGCCAUGAAGACGAACGAGAUCUCGGUGAUCCAGAACGGGGGCCUUCCGCCCCUGUCGGGCGGCAUGGGCAACGGGGGCAGCUCCCCCAUCGGCGGCCUCACGGGCAGCCUGGACAAACUGCACAGCGCCGAGCCCAACGCCGCCUUGGCGGGCAUGGAGAAGAUGGCCAACACUGAGAACGGCGCCCACUUCAGGUUCACGCGCUUCAUGGAGGACAAUAAAGAGAUCGUCACCAAUUAAGACGACGACAAAAACGUUGUUUUUUUUUUUGUUUUUGCUUUGUUUUUUGAAGACGAGUGGCUUCUUUUUUGUUUUUUGUACAAUGUACAUGUUAUAGUUUCCAGGAGCUUAUUUAUUAGUGACUAUAACCGUGCUUGAGACGCAGUGGAAGCAUUAACAGUCGUAGAAAAACAAAACAAAAAGAGAAAAAGACAGGAUGGGUACCGCGUGUGUGUGCUUCUUCUUCUAAAGACGUGUAGUACUAUGAACUAGGCAUUAAGUUAUUUCCUCGUCCUGUAGUAGCUAUAACCCUAUGAUGUCCUCUAUGUGGUGCAUUGUAAGAUGCUGUAAAUACUGUACACUGAUCUUCUCCUAGAUGGUGUGUUCACUUCCCCUCCACCCGCUUACAUUUUAUUUAAAGACGACAAAAACGGACCAUUUAGUGUUUCUUGAUACUUUUUCGUUGUACUUUUUUCGUUGUUGUUGUUGUUGUUGUUGUUUACUUCCUUACCCCCCCAUGGCACCCACCUCCCCCCCAGCCCCCCAACUCUCCCUCCCUCGGAAUUUCUUGUUUGUUUGUUGUUUUUUUUCUUCUCCGCCGGGUUUCCACAGUGCUGCUAAAGUCCCGGCAUCGUUGUGUUUCAAGCCCUCCGGCAAACCACAAAAAGAAGAUGUACAUAUAUAUCACGCAAAGACGAAGAGGAGUCCAGCGGCCGGGGGUGGGGGGGGGGGUUGGGGCAAGGGGGUCGGUGGGGUCACGGAAAGGAUAGUGUUUUUAUAAAUAUAAAUAUAAAUAUAUUGGGUUUGACAACCUGUUGGGACUGUUACAUGCACUUUCUUGGAAAGUUGGAAGAUCUUCUAUAUGGGUCCAGUUUCUCUACACUUUAAUACCUACUAACAACUAAGAUACUGUAAUUCUUUACUCUAAUAAUCAAAUACAUCAGUUUUCCAAAAGAAA